UAAAAUCAAAUAUCCAAAAUAAAAAUAAAAAACAGUCCUUUUUUAUUACAAGCUCUCUUCCCAAUGUCUCCUUGUCUCAAAAACAAGUACUACUAGUACCUAAAAAAACACCUAUCACUAUUUCCUUUCUCCAUUCUUCCCCUGCACCUCCACUACACAGACAUAACCCAAACCAUAAUAACCUUUCCUUAAACAAAACCACAUUGCCUUGUUGAUGAAGAUGUUUCAGAUUCAAGUUUUCAACCACAAAACAGACAACUACACUAGUGUUACUAAACUGUCCUAGUUAAAGUUCUUGUUUUUUUCCACACCCAUAAAACAAAAAGAAAUCAACUUUUCCACUUGCCAACAAAAAUCAAAGUUCAAGACAAUCACUUUUUGCAGAAACCACUACACUACCCUCUACCCAUCUUCACUUCUGAUCUCAACAUGAGUUCAAAACCAUAAAAAAAAAAAAAAAAACCAUUUUUAUUGUGUUUUCUUUGAUCUAGUUGAAGAAAAAGAAAAUGGGUUGUUGCUAUUCAAGAGUAGACAGAGAAGAAACAGUGUCACAUUGCAAAUCAAGAAAACGUUACAUGAAACAGUUGGUUGAAGCAAGACAUGCUUUUUCAGCUUCACAUGUUAUGUACAUCCGUUCUCUUCGUUCAACUGGUUCAGCUUUGUUUCACUUUGCUAACGCUGAAAAAACCACUCAUCUUAACCACCAUCUUCCGCCAGAGCCACAACCCAUUCUUCCACCACCGCCGCCGCGUGCUCCGUCGCCAAUGCCACCACCACCACCUCCGAUGAGUCCUAGUUUGAGUUCUUAUACUUGGACUUCUGGGACUGGUUCACAUUCAUCAGCUCUUCCGCCGCCGCCGCCACCUCCACCACCUCCACCGCCGGUAAUUUCAUCUGGUUGGGAUUUUUGGGAUCCUUUCAUGCAGCAACCUCCACCACCUCCUUCGUCACGGUCGGCGACGGAGGAAGAGUGGGAAGCUGCUACUACCACUGGCUCUGAGGUGGUUGUGAUGGCUGGUGGGGCGGCGGCGAGUAUGGCUACUCCGGCGAGUGGGGUGGUGGGGUAUUCUAAGGUGUCAGGAAGUGAACUUGCAAUGGUGGUUUCAAGAAACAGUAAAGAUCUGGUUGAAGUUAUUAAGGAGCUUGAUGAUUAUUUUCUUAAAGCUGCUGAUGCUGGUUCUCAUGUUUCAUAUCUGUUACAAGUUCCAAGUUCUGGUUUUUCUGAUCAUAGUAAAACAAGUAAAAUGUACGGAAAUGGAUGGAAUUUGAGUCCAUCAAUGUGGGCUUGGGGUUCUUCAAGUCCUAAACUGAAUGGAUUUGGCAAGCUGUCUCAAGAGGUUUCUGUUGGUAGUUUCAGGGCUAAUAAUGGUGUUGGAAAUGGUGGACAUUGCUCUACUUUGGAGAGGCUAUAUGCAUGGGAGAAGAAAUUGUACCAAGAGGUCAAGAAUGCUAAAACAAUAAAGAUGGAGCAUGAGAAGAAGGUGGAAUUGGUAAGGAAGUUAGAGAUGAGAAGGGCUGAUUAUGUGAAGACAGAAAAGGCAAAGAAAGAAGUGGAGAAAUUAGAAUCACAAAUGAUGGUUGCUUCUCAAACCAUUGAUAGUACAUCGGCUGAAAUCGUUAAAUUAAGGGAGAUAGAGCUCUACCCUCAACUCAUUGAGCUUGUUAAAGGGUUGAUGUGCAUGUGGAGAAGCAUGUAUGAGUGUCAUCAAGUUCAGAAGCACAUAGUUCAGCAACUGGAAUACCUCAACACCAUACCAUCAAAUAACCCUACAUCUGAAAUUCAUAGGCAAUCAACACUUCAGCUGGAGCUUGAAGUACAGCAAUGGCACCAAUCCUUCUGCAACCUCUUCAAGGCCCACAGGGACUAUAUUGAAUCUCUCAGUGGUUGGCUAAGGCUCAGCCUUUACCAAUUUAGCCGAAACCCUCUUAGUAGAACAACUGAGGAGUCGAAGAUAUUCACCCUCUGCGAACAAUGGCACCUUGCCGUUGAGCAUAUACCAGACAAAGUAGCGUCUGAAGGAAUAAAAAGCUUGUUGACGGUUAUUCAUGCGAUUGUAGUUCAACAGACGGAGGAGCAUAAACAAAAGAAGAAGUCGGAGUAUGCGUUCAAGGAGUUCGAGAAGAAGGUGGUUCAGCUUAGAUCUUUGGAGUGCAAGUAUGGUCCGUACUCCAUGUCGGAACGGUCUGGUUCUGUGAGAAGAACGAAGGACCCUGUCGUGGAGAAGCGAGCUAAGGUGGAAGCUUUCAGAGCAAAGGCUGAAGAAGAGAAGAUCAAGCAUGAAAAGGCGGUGAGUGUUACGAGGUCAAUGACACUGAAUAACUUGCAAAUGGGCUGUCCUCAAGUUUUUCAAGGGAUUGUAGGGUUUUCAAGUGUGUGCAUGGAGGCUUUUGAAUCUGUAUACAACAAAGCCAAAGUUGCCGAACAGGAGCGUGAUGUGAAGAGAAUAUUACCUUAGGAAAAUUGACAUGGAUCUGUAUAGAUGAUCAAUCACCCUUUUGCGUAAUGAUCGGUAGAUUGCAAUGUAGCACUGGAUUGAAGUCAUGUCCGACAAUGACUCAACACCCACACAUGUAGUUUACAUUAAAAUAUUUCACAUUUUCAAACGAUUACCGGUGUCCAUGUGUGAGUGUUGUGUCCAUGUCCGUGCCAGAGCUUCAUGGAUAGAUUGUAUUUAUUUAUUUACACCUAGUAAUAUCAUGAAACUUGAUACCUGAUGCUCCUGCAACCCAACUGCAAUGGAGGCGAAUGGAAGAGUGAAAUAUAUUUUCCUUUUGUUAUUCCAGUCAUACAUUUCAUGAAACACUGUAGUAUGGUUCUUAACUACCAGUUUGACCGGCAAAAAACAUUAUUUCUAAAUGCAUGCGGUGGACGCAGAAGCUGCCAACUUUGCUAGGCAA